CACCAAGCCAAAGCUAAACAAAUGCUUGUGGACUGACGUCGGUUUGCAUACUCUCCCACUUCUUCAAUCCUAAUCGAACUCCAGCUACCAUGCAGCACUAGAAAGUGUCCUCUUUUACUCUUUGCAUUUUACUCUACACUUUCUUACGGUUUUUGAAAUAAGUCUGGCCAUGAAUUCAGCGCCCCCGCGCACGUCGGGGCCGCAGCCUCGGCUCUGCGCACAAUCUUCAGCGGAUGCGUCUGACGACCUGUCGCGAGACCCCACCAUUGUUCAUCGUACACCAGCAGACCCCGAGGCCGUAUAUAUUAACAAGCCCGUGGAAGGAAACCAAGAAGCGCAGAGAGGAAGAGAGAGUCCAGCCGAAAAUGCAGAAGAAGUCCCAGCUCGGAUACCCUCAGAAGAGGACGAGCCGCGCAAAUGCUGGAUUUGCUUUUCUGAUGAAACCGAGGAUACACCAUUGACGUCGGAAUGGAGGACACCUUGCCCGUGUGCUCUUACAGCACACGAAUCAUGUCUGCUGGACUGGAUAGCUGAUCUCGAAGCCCCGAACCCAAACCGACGGACUGCUGUCCCCGCCAAAAUCCUGUGCCCACAAUGCAAAUCCGAGAUAAAAGUGGCACGACCACGCAGCAUCAUCGUGGAGAGCGUCAACGCGGUCGAACGUAUACUCGGAAAGGCGGUCGUCCCAGGGGCUUUUACCGUCAUAGCGGGAAGCAUCUGGGCGGGCUGCUUGGUACAUGGCAUCGCCACCGUACAUCUAAUCUUCGGCCGAGAAGGUGCUACGCGGAUUUUAACUUAUGGAUUGGUGCCUCAAGCGGAUCCGUUGACUGAACUCUUUGCUCAGCAUAGCGCGAUUGUACCUCGCUGGAACCUGCCGCUGAGCCUAGGACUACCCUUGAUCCCAGUUGCCCUCAUAUUUUCGCGAACGAGCGUGGCGGACAGCGUACUACCCCUCGUUCCUAUUACGUUCUUUAUCGCACAGAAUAAUGACUGGGAUCGAUGGGACCUGACACGAUGGCCCCCAAGCCCAGCCAUGGUGAUCGCCACACUUCCAUAUCUGAGAGUGGCCUACAAUGAACUUUAUGAAAGAGUCUUUGGCGCAAGGGAAAGGAGAUGGAUCAAGGAGAUACAACCGCGAAGUGGGGAAACUGAGCAGGAUAUAAACGGUGGCGAUAUUCAUCAAGCCCCUGAGAACGAUGCGCAGAGGCAGGACGAACAAAACCUGCUGAUGGAGAUCAAUGUUGAGGUUGAAGUCGUGGAUGACGAUGAGGGGGUUAACAACGAUCUUCCACCGGGCCAGCAGGAGGCAGCGCAAGGCCCUGCGGCCGCUGGUGACCAAGCGGCUGAACCCCAUGGCCGACACAAUAAUUUUGUUAUUUCAACCUCUCAACUCGUUGAUACCAUACUCGGAGCGCUGGUGUUUCCCGGCGUCUCUGCUGCUAUGGGUUAUAUUCUCCAACUAACCCUGCCGCGGUCUUGGACUACGCCACCGUUUUCUGGUCCUUUCGGUCGGACACGCUUGACGGGACUCUUGCAAGCACGAUGGGGCCGUAGCAUUGUCGGCGGUUGCAUCUUCGUUGUUCUCAAAGACGCAUUGACUUUAUACUGUCGGUGGAAGCUUGCACAGGGUCACCGCAAGAGACAAGUGGUCGACUAUGAUCGCAAAAAGAAGAAGACGGAAUCUCGUUGACCAUUACGAUAGUACAGAGGCUGUUUUAUAUUUGCAACACAGACUAUUGAUGUUGCCAUGAUUUCGCUGGGCGUUGGCAGGCACAUAUUACAGUACAUAUUCCCCCCAAAAUUUCAUAAUCAAGUUCAUAACCGGCCUGCGAAGCACAUUUAUCCUCGCAGAGCUAUUGGACUCAUUCAUAACUGAGAAAUAGAUUUCAAUUGGAACAAGAAAAAUUUGAAGCCAUGUAUGCAUAUAAAAAUCCAUUGCACGUGGCAUAUCGAAGAGGAAGCAGAGUAGCUCGAGAAUGUGAUUGCCGGG